AUGGCGGACAUUGACAUGGCUUUGCCGUCAGAACGCGAGCUGGAGCUAGAGACGCUGCUGAGACAGCGGGAGAAACAAAUAUCUGCACUGACGGACGAGAUAUCCAGCCUACGGCAGAAAUUGCCAGGUGCAUCUGAUCCAGAGGACGAUGCUGUUAUAAGUAUACCGGCGCCUGUCCUUGCUUUGCUUUCACCUCUCGUCACGCACGGGCCCUCGACUGGCACACCCGCACCUCUCAGCAAUGCCAUCACCCAACGACUGAAAUUGUUACAAACCGAGAACGAUGAAUUAUAUGAACUAUUACGUUCAAGCGCCGAAGCCAGGAUCGCGGAGCUCAACUCCAAGCUUGAUCAUGGCCGAAUCCCACUAGCUAAAUCGGUUACUCAACAAGAGCAGCAUAGGCGGUCCUCCACGCCUGAUCAACGACGGUCAGCAUCGCCUCCCCGGCGCCUCGUACCUGCAUCUAGCCGCCCGAGGGAACGCUCGAGAGAACACGACCGAGAUCGAGAGCGUGACCGCGAGCGGGAGCGUGAUAGAGAUAGAGAUAGGGAACGCGAGCGCGAACGUGACAGGGACCGAGAUUGGGAUAGAGAUAGAGAACGGGACAGAGACCGAGACCGGGGUAACCUACCUACCGGUCCUCGGGCACACAAAAAGCCUCGUCUUGGUCCCUCCGAGGGUGGAGGCCGGAAACCAGGAGAGGGACCCGGAGGGAACGGUCAACGAAGUGUCAGCGGAAGAAACGGAGCUGGAGGCGGAGGCCGAGGUGGACCCCCAAGAGCCGGAGGGCCCGGAUUGCCCAUACGAGGAUCAGCGACCAGUGCUUCGUCGACGGGGCAGAAUGGUAAUGCUGGGCAAGGCGGUGACCGCGGGUUGGUCCAGCGAUUGGGGCUAUAG